AUGACCACGUCCAACCACGCCCCUCUCCCGCCUGCUUUGGGCCACGCCCCCAGCCCCGUCCACACCAAGACCCCGCCCUCCGCCGCUCCUGCGUUACCUCCCCCGAGCCGCGCGGUGGCGCUAAGUCUCCGCCGGGGCCGGGAGCUGCGGAGACUCGCGACAGCGCGCAGGCGCCUGGGGUCCCUGACGGCGGCGGCGUCGCAUAGGGCGACCGCGGCGCUCCUACCGGUCACCCUGGCCCUUCUCUGCUUGGACGGUGUCUUCUUGUCGUCGGCCGAGAAUGACUUUGUCCACCAGGUCCAGGAGGAGUUGGACCGCUUUCUGCUGCAGAAGCAGCUGUCAAAGGUUCUGCUUUUCCCCCCACUGUCCAGUCGCCUGCGGUACCUGAUCCAUAGAACAGCGGAAAAGUUUGAUCUCUUGAGCAGCUUCUCUGUUGGUGAGGGGUGGAGAAGGAGGACAGUCAUCUGUCACCUGGACAUCAGGGUACGGAGUUCAGAUGGCCCCUCUGGCCCCUGCCGUCCACCUGCCUUCUACCCCGGCAAAUACCAUGGUGCUCGGCCCACCUCAAACCAGGGAGCAGGUGUUGGUCCUCGAGGUCCACAGCCUGGCCGGUGGCAUCGUGAACGAAAGCCAGACCAACCUUUGUAUGUGCCCCGGGUGCUGCGCAGGCAGGAAGACAGGACAGAGACCUCUACCCCAGGGCUCAAGGGAGAGGCCCCUGCUGGUGGGGCCCUGGAAGAGCCUCCUGAUGCUGGUGCUAGGAACCACAACACUGAUCAGGUGCUCCCAGUGUUGAUGACUCAGGAAACAGAAGACUCGAAGGGCUCAGGCCAAAGCUGUGAGAAUGAGCCAAGGCUAGAGCUAGCUGACCCUGAGCCCUCAGGGCCUGAGAGUCCCUCAGGAAAGGAAUGUGCAGUGGAGGUGGCCACACAGCUAGAGUCCAGUUUGCAGCCAGCCCUGGAAGAGGAGGACUCCAGUCAGCUGGAGCAGAGUCUGGUGGACAGAGGGAAGGAGGACAAGGAAGAAGAGGCCAGCUGCCCAGAGGAUGACUACCGUGAGCUGCUCCAGGAGAUCACAGCGAACCUGACAGAGAAGGAGAUUGAGAUAGAAAAGGCACAGCUCGAUGCGUCCUGCUUCGUGGAGGAGCUGCCUGGGGAGAAGGACCUGGCACACGUGGUGGAGAUCUAUGACUUCGAUCCGGUGCUCAAGACGGAGGACCUGCUGGCAACAUUUUCUGAGUUCCAGGAGAAGGGGUUCAAGAUCCAGUGGGUGGACGACACCCAUGCACUCGGCAUCUUCCCUUGCCUGGCCUCAGCCACUGAAGCCCUGACCAAGGAGUUUUCCAUUCUCAAGAUCCGGCCGCUCAAGGAGGGAACCAAGCAGUCAAAGCUCAGAGCCCUACAGAAGCUAAAGCUCCUGCAACUGGUGAAGGAGAGGCCACAGACAGAUACGGUGGUGGCCCGGAGGCUGGUGGCCCGGGCUUUGGGGUUCCAACACAAAAAGAAAGAGCGGCCUUCCAGUGCAAGCAACCACCUGUCAUCCCAAGGUCCCAGGCCUGGCUGCCCAGACUAAGCCCGGGCCCAAAACCACAAGCCUUUACAGACGCCAAGAGAGUCCUGUGCCUCUGUGUGAGCCUCAGUUUAAUCCCAGAAAUUGAAAGGAAAUUAAAACUAAAGUUCUGUUUGCUUGGAAA